UUGGGACAAAACAAGGCCAAUAAGUUAUGAUUUUGCUGAUAAUGUGCCUGAACAGUCAAGACAAAGAAUACGCCAAGCAUUGGCCAUCUGGGAAAGUGAAACUUGUCUUUCUUUUGUGGAAAAUGGUCCGGAUGUUGAUCGUUUAGAGUUUUUUGAUGGAGGAGGAUGUUCUUCAUUUGUGGGGAAAACGGGAGGAACUCAAGUAAAAAAUUGAAAAAUGGGACAAGCCCGUAAGAUCACCACUGAAUAUUUAGUGGUGAUCUUAUGGGGUAGGCCUAGAAAUUUUGAAUUUGAAAAUUUAAAGGGAAUUUCCAUUUCAACCCCUGGCUGUGAUUUUAUUGGAAUUAUUGCACACGAAAUUGGGCACGCUUUAGGUACAUUUCACGAACAGGCUAGGCCUGAUCAAUCUAGGCAUAUUGCUAUACAUUACAAGUAA